AGUCUCCUGGUGUCUGAAUUGUCUCCUUCACUCCUCUGCUGAGCCUAGAGAGAAAAUUGAACAUUAUAUAAACGUAUCUGUUUAUAUAUAAAAAUAUAUAUCUGUUUGUGUCUGAUAGUAGCCAUCUCUAGAGUGGAGCGGAGAAAGAAAGAACAAAAUUAAAGAAGUAUUAGGUUUUUUUUUUUUUUUAAUACCUCGUCGUUGUUGUUCGUGCCGAGCCGCGGAUUCUGCGCCCGCCAUGGCCGACAAGAUGGACAUGUCCCUGGACGACAUCAUUAAACUCAACAGGAGCCAGCGUGGCGGAUGCGGCGGGGACCGGGACCGAGACCGAGGUCGGGCUGGAGCCCAGGGCGGCCGCGACGGCGGAGACGCGCAGGAGGCAGCCCGCUUAAGCCGAGGCGGGGGCCCCAUCCGGAACAGACGGACCAUGGCCCGCAGAGGCGCCCGGGGCGGCGGCAGGAACAGACCCGCGCCCUACAGCCGACCCAAGAGGCUUCCACACAAGAGUCAGCCCGACGUGUGCCCCAGUGACUUUGGAGGCGGGCCCGCACUUGAGACCGGGACCAAGUUGCUGAUCUCCAAUCUGGAUUGCGGGGUCUCGGAUGCCGAUAUUCAGCAACUCUUUGCUGCAUUUGGAACUCUGAAGAAGGCAGCUGUGCAUUAUGAUCGGUCCGGCGGAAGCUUAGGAACAGCAGAUGUUCACUUUGAGCGAAAAGCCGAUGCUCUGAAGGCCAUGAAACACUAUGAUGGUGUCACCAUGAACGUCCAGCUUGUUCUAGCACAGACUCGGAAACAACGAAGGGCCGCACGGAGGGUAAAUAGAGGUGGAAUGAGCGGGAGCCGUGGCUCUGGAGGCGGCACCCGGAGAGGCGGCCCUGGACGCAAGCGAGGACCACAAGCAGGGACUGGAAGAAAUUCCAAACAACAGCUUUCCAGAGAAGAACUAGAUGCCCAACUGGAUGCUUAUAAUGCCAUGAUUGAAUUCGAGUUAAACUAG